CUUCGAGCCGCCACGUAAUGCCACGUCCCCGCGCAUGCGCAUCUUGACUAGUGGUGGCGGCCGUUUCCGGGCUUAGGGGGCUGGAGCGGCCGGCCGCGGAGUAGGAGGCGUUGGUGGUAGCGGCCGGGGAGUGCAGAGUGCGGGCUUGGGGGCCAGGCCCUGCUGAGGGCAGGGAAAGUUACCUUUUCUUUCCCGAAGGGGCCGGUAGAGCCGGUGGCUGAGCGACAAGAUGAAUUUCCUCCGCGGGGUAAUGGGGGGUCAGAGUGCCGGACCCCAGCACACAGAAAUCGAGACGAUUCAAAAGCUUUGUGACAGAGUGGCUUCAUCUACUUUACUAGAUGAUCGAAGAAAUGCUGUGCGUGCUCUCAAAUCAUUAUCUAAGAAAUACCGCUUGGAAGUGGGUAUACAAGCUAUGGAACAUCUUAUCCAUGUAUUACAAACAGAUCGUUCGGAUUCUGAAAUAAUAGGUUAUGCUUUGGACACACUAUACAAUAUAAUAUCUAAUGAUGAAGAAGAAGAAGUAGAAGAAAAUUCCACAAGACAGAGUGGGGAUUUGGGAAGCCAGUUUACAGAAAUUUUCAUUAAGCAGCAGGAGAAUGUCACUCUCCUGUUAUCUUUAUUGGAGGAGUUUGAUUUCCAUGUCCGCUGGCCUGGUGUGAAGCUUCUUACUUCUCUUUUAAAACAACUAGGACCUCAGGUGCAGCAAAUUAUUUUAGUCAGUCCCAUGGGUGUUUCAAGACUGAUGGACUUACUAGCAGAUUCCAGGGAAGUUAUACGUAAUGAUGGUGUGUUACUACUGCAGGCACUAACAAGAAGCAAUGGAGCAAUCCAGAAAAUUGUUGCUUUUGAAAAUGCUUUUGAGAGACUACUGGACAUUAUUACAGAGGAGGGGAACAGUGAUGGAGGUAUAGUAGUGGAAGAUUGUCUGAUUUUGCUCCAAAACUUGUUAAAAAACAACAAUUCCAAUCAAAAUUUUUUUAAAGAAGGCUCAUAUAUUCAACGUAUGAAACCUUGGUUUCAUGUUGGAGAUGAAAAUUCUGGCUGGUCUGCACAGAAAGUGACUAAUCUGCACGUAAUGCUACAGCUUGUCCGUGUACUGGUGUCUCCCACCAACCCCCCUGGUGCUACCAGCAGCUGCCAGAAAGCUAUGUUCCAGUGCGGCUUACUGCAGCAGCUCUGCACCAUCCUCAUGGCUACUGGAGUUCCUGCUGAUAUCCUCACGGAGGUAAACCACGUGGGGGCAGGGGCUACUCAGUGCAAGUUGAAAUCGGGAAUCCUAAGAAGAAGUAGAUGUCAGCUAAAGGAAAAACAGUAAAAAUUAACCAUUUUU